GAAGGAUCCGGUAAGAGUCCCUCACCAGAGAAGUGUCCCUGUCCCCUGUAUCCUCAGGAUGGUCCGGGGGGAAAUCCCAGGGUCCCAGGAAAUCAGCAGUGCAAUUUAUGUUACAGAUGGACGACCUGAUCGUUGUCAAAGUGGAGGAGACAGAGGGAGACGAGGAGUAUUAUGAGGCUGAUCCCCAUUAUAAGGAGGAGGAAACUCCCACCAGUAUCGGCACAGCAGGCGCUCCCCUGAGCCUCGACUGCCAUCCUCUCCCUUCAUCUUCAGAUUCUGAAGCGAACCUUAACAUGGCACCGAAUAUUCAUGGUGAGCACUUCAUUACCAUAAGCAUUCCUUCCAUCAUCCACAGCGGGGAUCUGUUACCUGCUCCCGCUACCCUCAUCCAGCCUCCGUCUGAUCAGUCACAGGUUCCACCUCUGCUUCCAAGGCCUGAAGCUGAGAAGAACAAUCCAAAAAACAAUGGGCGAUUUCCAUGCGCAGAAUGCGGCAAAAGUUUUGCGAUGAGAUCAAACUUUAUGGAACAUCUGAAGGUUCACACAGCGGAGAAGCCGCUUCCGUGCACCACGUGCAGGAAAUGUUUCAAACGGAAGUCGGAUCUGGUCAGGCACCAGAAAACUCACACCGGGGAGAAACCCUUCUUAUGUACAGAAUGCGGGAAACGUUUCGCCAUAAAAUCGAAUCUCUUUGCACACCACAGAAUUCACACUGGGGAGCGUCCGUUCCCGUGUCCCGUGUGCGGGAAGUGUUUCAUCCAGAAGUCAGAUCUGGUCGUGCAUCAGAUCGCUCACACCGGGGAGAAGCCGUUCGCCUGCACGGUGUGUGGGAAAUGCUUUAACCGGAAGAGGAGUCUCGUUCGACAUCAGAGAAUCCACACAAGAGAGAAGCCCUAGUCGUGUCCACCGCGCGGGAAGCUUCAUCCAAGCCCUGGUGCCUGAGACAAUCCGCGAGGGGAGAAGAAGUCAUUUUCAUGUCCAGAAUGUAGGACUUUUUUGUAAAAAUAAAUCAAAUCUUGUACUUUAGAAAAGAGAAGUCAUUUCACGUU